AUGCCUGGGGUUCCAUCCGGAAAAGCUUGCGAGGCAUGCCGGAAACAGAAGAAGAAGUGCGACGAGAAACAGCCGGCCUGUGGAAGAUGUCUCCGCUUGAAGAUACCAUGUGUAGGCUCUGGCCAGCAACGCUUCAAAUUCCAAGAGGAUAAGCGGUUCACUAAGCAAAUCCGAAGAGAUCAUAAGGAUGCAGUUAUGCCUACUAUCAGUAAAUCUAAUGCUUCAUCAUCCGAUGGCACGCCUUCGCCUCCUGGCGGCGGCCACGUCCUGUUCAUCCAUGCAAAGCCGAGCAAUGGCAUCACAUUAUUGGCAGCCGCCUUUACCCAAGCCAUCAAACGCUCCACUGAUAUCCGCUACAAUCUCUGGUGGAGCUUCGGCUUGUUCCUCGAGGAUGUUCCGCGCCGAUUGGGCACUAACGAGGCGCUCGACCGCGCCGUCGAUGCCGUUACUAGCGCCCAUGCGGAUUUCUGUACCCGCCGGCAGGGAUCAGUGCAGUCAUUGACUAAGUACUCGGCCGCGCUGCGCACCCUGCGGGUCUACCUGGACGAUCGGGUCCAUGCGCAGGAGACGGAUACUCUGGCCGCGGUAAUGAUCCUGCUUAUCUGUCAGACAAUGUUGGGGCAGGGUAACCAGUGCUGGUCUGGACAUGCGGAAGGGGCGACACAGAUUCUGAAAGCACGGAAGGAGUUCGGACCCCGAAAUGAAUUUGAGGCGAAGAUAUAUUUGUCUUUGCGGGGCAGUGUGCUAUUUGAAGGACUCUUUAACGAAAGAAUUCAGCUCACGCAGGAGGAAUGGGAUUCUCUUAUCGUGAAUAAAUACGAUGGAGGAAACCCCGAGGGUCGGAUGCUCUUAAACCUCUCUCGGGCUCCGUCCAUCCUGCGUCGUGCCAGGCUCUUUGCCCGAACCGCAUCCGACCCAAGCGGCGUACAGGAUGAGCUCUGGGCCGUCUAUCAGGCCUGUAUGAUCAAUCUGGACCAACUCAAGGAAUCUAGCAUAAAGAAAGACCUUUCUGUCGCGACUGCGAUGCCCAGACCGGACCGAGCAUGGGUAGAGCGAUUGCUGCUCAUACACUACGAUCGCAUAUACGGCAUUGGUCUUGUGAUCACGUUAUUCUUCAACUGCAUGCUACAAGCGCUGGGGUUACAUAACGAUGCGGUGCAGUCUGAUGCCUGCUACUUUACUGAGGAGAUCCUCAUGCUUGCGGAGACAUCGGAGCUUCUUCGGCCCGUUGGCUCGGGCUAUCUUAUUAUCUGUCUCACCACUGCGUGGGCUGCGACGAAAGAUCCAGAACAGCGAGCUAGAGCUAUGAUGUGGUUGCAUGAUUAUCACAGUGACUUCAAUUUCCGACAGUUGGAUUAUUUGCAGAAGGAGCUCGAGUGGACCGCGGGGCAUCUAAACUUAGCGGAUUCAUUUCAGAUGCAUCGUGAUUUAGAGUACCCGCGCGGCUCUUUGAUAUAG